CAAUAAAAGAUUUAUUAAGAUUUAGCGAACUUUGAUAUCAUAGACUGUUCAACUGUACUGUCAUGAUAAAAAAAACAAGUACAAUGUUUUGAAGACAAGGCUAUGCCUGUGCACCCUUGUGAAGUUCUGGGCAAAGUUCCAACAUAAAGGGAAAAGGGCUACAAAUCUUGUUCCACAACAAAAAGGUUUCUGAUAGAUACAUUGCAGAACUAGUAAAAAGAGGCCAACAGUUCUGUACAUUCAUCCUGUAAAAGAGGCUAUGUCAAGAUCUACUCAACCUGAGGCAAAUAUACAGUAACCUGUUGAUAUCAGAAGGCAUUUUAAGGAAUAAUCAGCUAGAUACAAAGAACCAUCAUAAACUUCAGGAACUUCAGGCACCAUGUCAGUUUACUUCUGGGCUAUUCUGGUUGGACCUGGUCAACUCACAGACUGGCAAGUGAAAAAGUCACAAUGCUGCACAUCCUAGGUAUAUUAUUACUAUUUGUAAUAUUUGACAAGACUUCUGGAAGUGAGAUAUGCCCAGAUGCAAAACACUGCAAAAUUGUUCAUGUUGAAGAAAAUGUAGAGUACAUCUUCGACUUCUUGGUGGAUCAAAAUUCACAAGACUGCACAUUCUCUGUGAAAUUCAAUGGAGCUAUAUUCAAUAACAAUGGCACUUUCCUUUAUAGUGAACACUUUACUGCUUUGAAACAUCCCAGAACUCAUAUCACAGCAAGGACUGUAUUUGACCAUUUAAUUGUUACCCUUGAGAUCAGAUCCAUUCGGGUUGAUGACGCAGGAAGAUACAGAGCAAUAUUCCAAUGCAGUAACUCCACAUCAACUAUUUCACAAUCUUACAUUUUACAAGUAUACCACCCUCCUGGAACUGCCUCCUGUCAAUGGCAUGAACCCGGUGAAUUAAACCUAACCCAUGUAAACUACCAACACCUACCGGCAUUGCAGUGCUUAACAAGAAACGGUUAUCCCGAAAGUAAUAUUAUUUGUUACUCCAGGCAUCAUCAGGCAAUUAUUGCACACAAUCCCCGCUAUAUUGCAGGAGAUGAGAUCAUAACAUCCAUAUUCUGGCUACCUAGGAAAUCGCUUCGAUGCUGUUCCGUUAGUGAGUUGUACCGCAAAAGCUAUCGAAGGUGCAGAGACUUUGUAUCAACUGAGCGUGGUAAAGAGCAUUCAACACAAAUUCUGCUUUCUACCAAAUCCCUGUCACAAACCACAACAGUUCCUGCAGUGAGACCAAAGAUACUAACUGGACCACUACAACCAACACUGUAUAUUACAUCAACAGCUCACCAGCUUUUUGUCAAUGAAAAAGUUUUCCUUUGGAACCAAAUUGCAUUUGUUAUCUGGCUUUCUUGCAUAUUUUGAAGGUAUUGAUAAAGUAGGACUUUAAUUCAAUAACAAAGGAGCAGUUAUUUGCUAAUGAUAGUUUAGUGCGACUACAUUUUUGAGGUUCAACAUGUACAAACUGGUCUUUGCCAUUGUUGCUUUGGCAACUCUUUGCUCUUUAAGUAAAUCCUUCCAAUUUACAUUUACAGAAGGGGACCUAGCAGAAUUAAGAUUUCAAUAUAACAUUGAGGGUCCCUUGGAUUUUCAGUUGAGAAUAGGCGAAGGUGAACCAUUCUUUCAGAAUGGAAGAAAAGUAGCAAACAUGCUGACACAAAGUCAGUACAAGAGGUUUAAAAUCAAAAUGGCCACAUCCCAAUCGAAAAGUCGAUUUGUUCAACUGCAAAUUCAAAACAUAUCUCGUACAGAUAUUGGAGAUUACAUAUGUGAACUUGUAAGAGAUGGCAACAUUCUUGAGGAUACAACACAAAGGUUUUCAGUGCAUAUUGAAUAUCCUCCUGGUCUAGCAUCUUGCGUUAUUAGCAGCAUAAAAAAGGUUCACUUUGGCAUUAAUGAUAUCUGGGAAAUAAUGAACUGCUCAGCUAUAACGGGUACUGACCCUGGAUAUAUUUCAUGUUUUCAAAACAAUGAGCAAUCGCCCCCAUGGACGAUCCCCAUUUCAAACCAAACCCACACUCUCCAAAAGAUUUGGGUUCGGACAACACUUCCACUUGUCUGUUGCUCCUCAACCUACAGAUUACCAAAGAUGCAAAGCGAAUGCAAUGAUUUCUCAUGGGGCCCUAACAACAGACCAGUAAUUGAUUCAUGCUCUCAU